GCUUUUGUGUGAAGCAACAAUUUGUGAGUGAAUCCUUCACUACCGUAACACUAAAGCUAAGACCACCACCUUCUGCUUUGCUACCCUACUCUCUGCUCUUCCUUCUUCUCCAUUCCAUCAAAUGGAAACCAAAGGUUACACCCAAGAUGGAACUGUCGACCUUCGUGGCCGCCCUGUCCUUGCCUCAAAGACUGGAAGAUGGAAAGCUUGUGCUUUCCUCGUCGGGUAUGAAGCAUUUGAAAGGAUGGCUUUCUAUGGAAUAGCUUCAAACCUGGUAAACUACCUGACCACCCAACUUCAUGAAGAUACAGUUGCAUCUGUCAGGAAUGUGAAUAACUGGUCAGGAUCCGUCUGGAUUACACCCAUCCUUGGAGCAUACAUAGCAGAUACUUACCUGGGUCGAUUCUGGACUUUCACUGUGUCAUCCCUCAUCUAUGUCAUGGGAAUGACAAUGCUCACUACAGCAGUUUCACUGAAAUCUUUGAAGCCAACUUGCAGAGAUGGAGUAUGCAACAAGGCCUCUACUUUACAGAUUGCAUUUUUCUAUACAUCUCUCUACACCAUAGCAAUAGGGGCAGGGGGAACGAAACCAAACAUAUCAACCUUUGGAGCAGACCAGUUUGAUGACUUUAACCCCCAUGAGAAGGAGCUCAAGGUCUCAUUCUUCAAUUGGUGGAUGUUUAGCUCCUUCUUGGGUGCCUUGUUUGCUACCCUUGGCCUUGUCUACAUUCAAGAAAACUUGGGAUGGGGCCUAGGCUAUAUGAUCCCAACAGUUGGCCUCCUCUUCUCCCUGUUUGUAUUCUAUCUUGGAACCCCAAUUUACAGACACAAAGUAAGGAAGACCAAAAGCCCUGCCAGGGACCUGAUUCAAGUCCCCAUUACCGCCAUCAAAAAUCGCAGACUCCAGCUCCCUGACAACCCAUCAGAACUCCAUGAGCAUGAGCCUCAACAUUACAUCAACAGUGGAAAACGGCAGGUCUAUUACACUCCAAUUUUCAGAUUCUUGGACAAGGCUGCAGUGAAAGAUGGAAACUCAUCAGGUAGGCCACCCUGUACGGUAACUCAAGUGGAAGGAACCAAGCUUGUACUUGGGAUGCUCUUAAUAUGGCUAGUGACCUUGAUUCCUAGCACCAUAUGGGCACAAAUAAACACACUGUUUGUGAAACAAGGUACCACCUUGGAUAGAAGCUUGGGUUCGAGCUUCCAAAUCCCUGCAGCCUCACUCGGGAGCUUCGUGACUCUCUCUAUGCUCAUCUCUGUGCCGAUGUACGACCGCUAUUUCGUGCCAUUCAUGCGUAGGAAAACAGGAAACCCGAGGGGAAUCACCCUCCUGCAGAGGCUUGGCAUUGGGUUUGUUAUCCAAGUCAUAGCUAUUGCCAUUGCUUAUGCGGUGGAGGUCCGGAGAAUGCAUGUCAUAAGAGUGCAUCAGAUCGUAGGGCCUAAACAAAUUGUCCCCAUGAACAUAUUCUGGCUGCUGCCUCAGUAUGUCUUGUUGGGGGUAGCAGAUGUGUUCAAUGCUAUAGGACUGCUGGAAUUUUUCUAUGACCAGUCACCAGAAGAAAUGCAAAGCCUAGGGACAACAUUCUUCACCAGUGGGAUUGGGGUGGGGAACUUCCUCAACAGCCUUUUAGUAACAAUGGUGGAUAAAAUAACAGGGAGGGGUGAGAACAAGAGCUGGAUUGGAGACAACUUGAAUGACUGUCACUUAGAUUACUACUACGGAUUCCUUCUGGUCAUAUCUACUCUUAACUUGGGGGCCUUCCUUUGGGCAUCAAGCAAGUAUGUCUACAAAAGGGAAACCAAAGAAGUGAAUGAGGAUUGUAUUGGAAUCGAGAACAAAGCCUUAGAGAUUUCUCCACUAGGAUUGCAAGUAUGAACAAAAAAGCAAAAACAUAUGGUAAGUGGUAUAAAAAGUAUUAUCAUGAUAUAGCCUUUGUAUAAUAUGUGCAGCAAUUAAUGUUUUUAAUUUCUAUAUUAAUGAAGCAAGUGUAAUUCCCUCUGGUUAACACCUAGCAGGACUACUUUUGCAUGAAUAAAUUAGCAUAAUUUUGAUUCCAAAGA